AGCAGCCACAACUUCCUGUCCUUCGCCCACUUCCGGGUGGUUCAUGCGCAUGUCUGUUUCCAGAUAGUUCGCUGUCGUCCAAAACAAACCAAACGUUUUUUGUUAAGCGCUCCUUGUCCAGGCUCUCUUUGGUGUCCUGACUAAGCUACAGUCAUGGUCUGCAUUCCUUGCAUCGUCAUUCCUGUCCUGUUGUGGGUCUACAAGAGGUUCCUGGAGCCAAUCAUCUAUCCUUUCAUUUCUCCAUUCAUCAACACAUUCUGGACCAAGAAAGCAGUGCAGGAGUCUGAUACAAAUGAGAGUGGAAAAUCAAAUGGAAUUCAAAAGUCUGAACUUAAUGGUGCAGCAACUGCGAAUGGAUCCACUAUAGAAGGAAACAAGAAGAUGGACUGACAGAAUGGAUUCAUGUCUUUAAGAAUGUGUAAAUAUUUAAUCAGAUAAAUUUAGUCAUUGUGCUGAUAUUUAUAGCUGAUAUUUAACUCAUCCAUCAUCUUAAAUGGCACUAAACAAUUUCACCAUUUCCUUCUUAUUUCUGAAACGGGUUUAACAUUUGUUUUUAUCAUAAAUGAUGACAUUUUCCACCAUCUGUGAAUUCAAUAAAGUAAUU